UAAGGCCACGUCCAAAGCUUACAGUCUACUACACACUCUCUUUGCCUUCAGAGUAGCUAUGUCGUCGCUGAAAGAGAUCCUGACCCGGCGGCCGGUGGCGGCGACGAUCCGGCUGACGGUGCCGGCGGGAGGGGCACGGCCAGCUCCGCCCGUCGGGCCGGCGUUGGGUCAGUACAGGCUGAAUCUGAUGGCCUUCUGCAAGGACUUCAACGCUCGAACGCAGAAGUACAAGCCAGACACGCCUCUGUCGGUGACCAUAACAGCCUUCAAGGACAAUACCUUCGAGUUCACCGUGAAGUCUCCGUCGGUCAGUUGGUAUCUCAAGAAGGCCGCCGGAGUCGAGUCCGGCAGCAGCCGCCCCAGCCACGUUGUCGCCUCCUCUGUAACCCUAAAGCACAUCUACGAGAUCGCUAAGGUAAAGCAGUCUGAUCCUUACUGCCAGUACAUGUCUCUCGAAGCAAUCUGCAAAUCCAUUAUUGGUACUGCCAAUACCAUGGGGAUUAAAGUUGUCAAGGAAUUGGAGUGAAUCAAAUAAUUGAUUCAUUGGUUAAUUUAUCCAUAGAGUUUUUAGGUUUCAGUCAAAUGUUCACUUUUUAUAUGCCGUUGAAAUGGUUUUGUAGCUCCAAAGGAGAACGGGAGCCGUUAGUUUGUUCUACUGUCUUGGAUGUUCUGGACAGGGUUGUGCCCAUGGAAUUAUUCUUAAUUUACGUCAAAGUUGAGAUUUUUUUUU